AUGGACGAAAAAGACAAGGCGGUAUCCGGCACUGCUGUAGGGACCGAGUCCCCUCGACCGCCCAACCCCCCAAACGCAAACGACGAGGAGGGUUUGACAUCGAAAGCCUUCGGCUUCCUAGCCACAGCCACACCCGGAACUCUCGGCGGCGUUGCCGUGGGCCUAGCCGCAACCACAUAUCUUGUACUCGGCAGGUUAGGUCUCGUCUUGAUCGGCGCAUUCGGCGGGAUCGUGACCUUCAUACAAUGGGAGCAGCGCAAUCCCGACGUGGUUCGGGCCGUCAAGGGGGAGAGAGGCAUGGAUGUUUUGACACGACUUUUAGCGGCGAGAAAGGGCUCAGAGGAUGGGGCCCCCGAGGAACAAGCCGCCGACGAUGCAGAGAGCGCGUUGGUGCGCUCGUUCGACGACCUGCAACCCGAGACGCGCGAAGCCUUGAACGAAUUGGUUGACGCCGUCGUCGAUAACUACGUUAAGUGGUGGUACUCGCCCAUUGUACCUUCAGACAAGUUUUUCCCGUUGGCCUGCCGUAAGACACUCACCGUGUUUCUCACAUCGGUCUCCAACCGCCUAAGCCGGAAGCGCCCCGCAGACGCCUUCCUCGACUUCCUGACGAAUUCCUCUUCCAUCCUUGUCGUCUUCAUGUCCGAGCUAUCCAACGCCUUUUCCGAGCUCCCGCCCGAUUCCAAAGUGUCUGCUGCAGACGCCGUCUACAAUUACCUUGCCUCACACCCCGAGUGCAAUUUAUCCACGCUGCUGGAUCAGAAACAACAAGCGCACAAGUUCCGCAUGGCUGCUGAAGACAUGCUGGGAUUUCUUGACCGUCCGAGCUACGAGUGUGACCCAGCUCGAGUCUUUUUGAGAGAAAUUUUGGCAGGUGUUGUUCUAGAAAUGACACUCCAGUCUUGUUCUAAGCCCGAGUGGAUCAAUCAAUGGAUUGUCUACUUGCUGGAGUCCGGCGAACCCGACCUGAGUCAAGCUAUCGACGUCGGGAUGCAAACGGGACCCGGCACAGACGCGGCGUUUGCCGACCUGGACGGCAAUGUGGGCAAUGUCGGCCUCGCCCGAGGGAAUAGGAACUCGCUCGAACAUGAAAAGGGGCGGAGGAAAGAAUCUGUCCAUAAAAAGAAGUUGAGCAAGGCCGAGGAAGAGAUGGAGUUGGCAAUGGAAGAGAUGAAGCGCUUGAACCAAAUGAUUGCCAAAGAAGGUGCCCUCACCGACCAACAGGGACAGCCGGCCACAAUUUCGGAAAACACUACGGUCACAGAAAAGGCUUCUGAAAGACUGGCCGAUGCACUCAAACGCAAUGCGGACGAGCUAGACAUCCAAACGGGCUUGGCUGAAAAACCAAAUCUUCCCCAACGGUUGGACAUCUCUGCAGGUGCCUCCAAGAGGACGAGUAGCGAUGGCUCGUCCGGCAAGAACGAAGUCAUUCAUACGCCCGCCACACCGCUUUCCGGGGUUACACCCUCUCCCUCUUCGAGCCAAGAAUCGUCUCCGCCAACGAACGAUGGGGCGAGGUUCACAAGUUUUGAUCAGAUCGUCCCGCCUGGUCGGGACGAAAUAGAAGCCGAGACGAGUGGGCCUCGCAAGCCGCCCCCGUUGACAUUGCACAAUGCAACGAUCACCGUGUUGGACGAGCCGGGUGAUGGUAGGAUCAGAACGAAACCAUCAUGGGAUUACCUCGUCCAGAUCGAACCGGCGACGACAAUCUACCCCGGAUGGAUGAUUAUCAGGAAGUACAACGACUUUGAGGGCCUUCACGAGGUGCUAAGGCGGAUUGCGACCAUCUCUGGCGCAACUGGCUUUACGGAGAAACACAGCGUGCUGCCGUCUUGGAAGGGACACACCCGGACGUCAUUGCGCAGCGAACUGGAACGCUAUCUCCGGGAUGCUUGUGGGUAUCAGAGUCUGGCUGAGAGUGAGGGGCUGAAGAAGUUCCUUGAAAGAGAUCACGGACACAUUCCCAACGCUCCCAAAACGGGGUUCCAAGCGUUCGAGAAACUAGGGAAAAAUGUGUUUGACGUGCUGGCAAGUGCCCCUCUGGAAGGCUCGAAGGCGGUAGUUGGGGGGGUCACAGGAGUGCUGGGGAAUAUCGGCCUGGGGCAACGAAAGCCGGCGCCUCCUGUUCCAUCGCCGACACCGUCGGCCCUGCAAGAUGUGACAGCAGCUAGUCGCUUGUCGAUAUCAUCAACCCUGCCCCGUGCGGACAGCAGUGUCUCACUAAGCGGAAUGCGGAAGACAAGGGACAGCAUGGAUAGCCAACGUUCCUCAGCCGCCGCGCUACAGCCCGGUAGAAUGCCGUCGAUGGACCGACGCCCGAGCUACAACUCGCAAGGCGAUGCGGAACCCGAGUACCAGCGACUUUCCCGGGCCUCGGCGAGGAACAGCCUUGAAUAUAGUCGGGCAUCGAGCCGUGCGGCGAGCCGAGCGCCACCAGCUCGGUCGCCAUCCAGUCUCAGCUUCGAGGGGUUCCGGCUGCCUCCGCCGCCUGAUAUGAUUAGCGACGAUUACGAAUCCCCCGUCAGCCCGUCGCAUGCGCGCCCUCAGGACAUACAUCAUGCGCGCUCCUUGACCAUGCCCACUCUCAACACUCAACAGCGGCUGAACGGUCCUCCGCUGCAAGGCGUGAAACAACACUCGAAAAUGUCGGAACAAGAGACCCGUGUGGCGGUUGAGCUCCUUUUCGCUGUCAUCAACGAGCUGUACACGCUCUCGUCCGCCUGGAAUAUCCGCCGCACUCUUCUCGCGGCGGCCAAAUCAUUCCUUUUGCGGCCUGGCAACCCGUCCCUCCUCUCCAUCCAAUCGCUCAUCCAGACCUCGGUUCUCGAAGGCAACACUUCGGAUAGCGGCAUCGCAGCGCACCUCAAGAAGCUCCGGGAAAAUACCCUCCCCACGGAACAGGAGCGGGCAGCAUGGCCGGCGGAGAUGACGGCCGAGGAAAAGGAAAACCUUCGGAUCAAGGCUAGGAAACUCCUGAUUGAGAGUGGUGUGCCCGCCGCGCUCACGGGCGUCAUGGGCCAGGCCGCCACGUCGGAAGCGCUCGGGCGCCUGUUCGACUGUCUUCAAAUCGAGGAGGUCGCGAGAGGCCUCAUGUUUGGGGUGAUCCUCCAGGCCGUGAGGACGGUUACGCAUUGA